AAAUAAAAAAAAACCGCCAAGAACUCAGUUUAGGGUUUAUCAUUCGUCCAUGGACUCUGUUCUCACUUUCUCAGUCACUCAUUAGCUCAAUCUGUAUAACCCAUAGACUGAUUUUCAAGUUCCAUGAAACCUGAAAAUGUUGAAUUCCAGUUCAUUGUCUGUCCUUCAAUUUUAUCUUCUUCUUCUGCAACUUUUGAACAGCUUAGCGCCUUCGUUUUCCUCGUCCGGUCCUCACAUAGCAGAUGUGAACAUAUUGUUACCACCCAAGAUGACACGCCCAGUGGAAUAUAGACUUCAAGGAAGUGACGGCUGUUUCAAAUGGUCAUGGGAUCAUCAUGAUAUUUUGUCUGUCCAUCCGGAGUAUAAUGCAAGUAAUCAUUGCUCAACAAGUGCCCGUUUGAGGUCAAUUGCCCCAUAUAGUGGUAGGAAAGAGACAGCUGUUUAUGCUACUGAUGUACGUACUGGAAUAGUUAUUCGAUGUAAAGUCUAUAUCGAUAACUUCUCCAGUAUAAAGAUAUUUCACAACUCUAUCAAACUUGACUUGGAUGGUUUAGCUACCCUACGGAUGCGGGCCUUUGAUGAUGAAGAUAAUGUAUUUUCAUCAUUGGUUGGAUUACAGUUCAUGUGGCAACUAGUCCCAGAAGCUGAUGGCAUGCCUCAUCACCUUGUUCAUGUUCCUCUUAAGGACUCUCCUAUGAGUGAUUGUGGUGGUUUGUGUGGUGACCUAGAUAUCCAAAUAAACCUUGAAGAUAGUGGUGUGUUUUCAGAUUUGUAUGUUGUAAAAGGAAUUGAAAUUGGUCAUGAGGACGUUUUUGUGAACUUGGCUGAGCCCCAUUUCGAACACUUGUCAGAUAAGAUUGCCCUAACUGUAGCUGAAGCCAUGUCUUUGGAACCUUCCUCACCACUUUUUGUUCUUCCUGGUUCUACUAUCCGCUACUGUCUUAAAGUUAUUCGUGGUGGCAUACCACAAGUGGUAAAUUUGCCAUCCCCAUAUCAUCACUGGUCUGUUUCAAACUCCUCCGUUGCUAGAGUGGAUAUGAAGAUGGGUUUUGCUAAGGCAGUUAAUUUAGGGAUAACAUCUAUCACAGUAGAGGAUUCCAGAGUAACUGGUCAUUUACAAAUAUCGUCCCUCCAUGUCGUGACUCCUGAGAGUAUACAUUUGUACUUGCUGCCAUUGUCUUCUACUGGUGAUCUUAUUGAUGGCGUAAAACAUAUUCCAUCUGUUUCACGUUGGAAUGUUGUAUCUGGUAGACAAUAUCUUAUACAAAUGAAGGUUUUCUCACAAGGACCUGGUGCCCAAGAAAUCUAUUUGACGGAGAGUGAUGAUAUUAAUUUGCUAGGUGAGCAGUCUGACUAUUGGAGUGUCCGUCCAGUAUCAGGUUAUCCUUCUGUUAGGGAGUGGUUGUUGAAUUCCAAAAUGCUCUUGCCAUUGUCAUUUGGGCGGGGAAAAUUGAUGGCAAGUCUAACUCAUAGCACAGGAAAUGAUGAAAAGGAGACGCUCAAGAUAGUGCAGGAAUUAUUGUUCUGUGAUGAAGUGAAAUUGAGCAUUGUUAAAAGCAGUAACAUCUCUCCAAGUAUUUUGUUGCCUUGGGCCCCUGGUAUUUAUCAGGAGUUGGAACUAAAGGUGAUAGGAGGAUGUGGAAAAGUAGCCAGUGACUAUAAAUGGUUUUCUUCUGAUGUGGAUAUUGUAUCAGUAUCUGCCUAUGGGGUUCUGCAGGCAAAAAAGCCUGGUAAAGCAGUUAUAAAAGUAGUUUCCAUAAUUGAUCAGCUAAACUUCGAUGAGGUGGCCACUGAAGUUUCUGUUCCGUAUUCAAUGACUAUGCUGCCGGAAUUUUCUGUGGAGACAAUUGUGGGGUCACAUAUUGAAGCUGCUGUCACUAUGAAAUCUAUAAAUGGUGCCUUUUUUGAUAGAUGUGAUGCUUUUUACUCAGCCAUAAAGUGGAAACUUGAAGGUCAAUCUUUCAAGAUUUUGAACACAAGUAGGGAAUCAAUUAUUACAAACACACUUGCUGGUCCUCCAUGUGCCUGGGCUAAUGCUUAUGCUGCUAGUCCUGGUCGCGCUUUGCUUUGCGCCACUCUGUCCAAAGAAUUUGAACAUUUUGAUCGCCCUUUACCUGAAAAUAUUAUGCUUAAGGCUUCCUCACGAAUUGCUGCAUAUUCACCGCUCAUUGUGCAUCAGGCAGGUAAUGGGAAUCAAUAUGGUGGUUAUUGGUUUGAUCAGGUUGAGGCUGAGGUGGGAAAUGAGAUGGAGAACUUGAAGGAUUUGUAUCUUGUUCCCGGUACUUGUAUGGAUGUUAUGCUUCGAGGAGGCCCAGAGCCAUGGGAUCAGGGUGUCGAUUUCAUUGAAAGUGUGGAAAUUUUCUCAGAGGAUUCUGAAUUAUCUGAUGGAAUUCUUCUUUAUCAAAUUCCAAGUAGCUAUGGGCAAUACAGAAUCUCUUGCCAAAAACUUGGGGCCUUUAAAAUUGUUUUCAAACGCGGGAACAUGGUUAGGGUGGAUCAUCCAAAGCCUGCGAUAGCAGAAGUUUUGCUUUUACUCAGCUGCAACUUUCCAUCCACCCUUGUUCUGAUAAUAGACAGUCCUGAGAAUACAUUCGAUGUUAUAUUGGCUGCAAGUCAAGCUGGUCGUGGGCCAGGGAGAAUGCGUGAGAGUCCUGUGACUGUUGCAAAUGGACGAACUUUAAGAAUAUCAGCUGUUGGUCUAAGUGACUCUGGUAAACCUUUUGGAAACUCGUCUUUCCUCCAUUUGAAAUGGGAGCUCUCCAAUUGUGAUGGUCUGGCAUCUUGGGAUAACGCCAUUGAUUUAACAAGUUCUAAGUUCAUAUGGGACAAAUCAUUGAUCUUGCACAAUGAUUCAGGAAUGUGUACUGUUCGUGCUAGCGCAACUGGUUACUUUGAUGCCAUAGGUGAUCACCAAUUUGCCUUGCCAUUUCAAAGUGUGAAGAGUAAUCUCACUGAUGCUAUAUAUUUGCAGUUGGUUUCUACCUUACGGCUUGACCCAACAUUCAGUUUAUUGUUCUUCAGUCCUGAUGCUCUGUUAAAUAUUUCUGUUGCUGGAGGGAGCUGUUUUUUGAAGGUUCUAGUGAAUGAUUCUCAAGUUGCAGAAGUAAUUAAACCACCUUCAAGUUUACAGUGCUCACAACUGGUGCUGGCUCCCAAAGGAUUGGGUACCGCCAUAGUUUCAGUAAAAGAUAUUGGGCUUUCUCCUCCUCUUGCUGCGUCAUCAGUGAUUGUAGUUGCUGAUGUGGACUGGAUUAAGAUUACUUUGCCAGAGGAAUUGAGACUUAUGGAAGGAGGUAUACAGUCCAUUCAUGUUUCUGCUGGAACUGAUAGUGGAAGAACUUUUGAUACUUCUCAGCUGGUGUAUAUGAACAUGCAGAUCCAUUUUGAGGACCAAAUUAUUGAGCUUGUUGACGAUGAUAGUUUUCUGGGUCAGAUGGAUGGAUAUGCGAACAGCAGAGUUUUUACUGUUCGCGCUAGGCAUAUUGGGAUUACAAAUCUAUAUGUCAGCACAAGACAACUGUCUGGUCGAGAAUUAUUGAGUCAACCAAUUAGGGUUGAGGUUUAUAUUCCACCAAAAAUACAUCCCAGUGAUAUUUUUUUGGUUCCAGGUGCUUCUUACACAGUUACUGUUAAAGGAGGACCAAUUAUUGCUGCAUAUGUUGAGUAUGAUAGCCUGAAUGACAGGACAGCAACGAUUCACAGAUCUGCAGGCCGUCUGUUUGCUGUUUCACCAGGGAACACUACUGUAGUAGCCAGAAUUUACGGAGGAGAAGGGAGCAUCAUAUGUACAACAUACGGUCAAGUUAAAGUUGGAAUUCCUUCCUUAGUGGGGCUUACUACGCAAAGUGACCGCCUAGCUGUUGGCAGCGAGAUGCCAAUAUAUCCUCAUCCGUUGGAGGGAAAUUUGUUUUCCUUUUACGAGCUCUGCAAGGAUUACAAGUGGAGUGUAGAAAAUUAUGAGGUGUUAAGCUUCACAGGUACUGAAAAUUUAUUUGAUGAGAAAACUGCUCUUCCAAACUCCAGUAAAAAAGAGGAAACAUCAAGUGCCUACUUGGGAAAAGACCUUGGUUUCAUUGCAUUGCUUUAUGGAAGAUCUGGCGGAAGGACAGAAGUUUCCAUAUCAUUCUCUUGUGACUUCAACUCUUCUGGCUCAUUCUCACACUCAAGAUCCUAUAAUUCAUCUUUAUCCAUAUGGGUGGUGUCUAAUCUCCCUCUUUCUCUUGGAGCACCACUAACUUGGCUUCUUCCUCCUCAUUAUACAUCAUCAGAUCUUUUGCCUUCAUCUUCGAAAUCAAAGAUAUUAUAUUCCUUGUUAAGACAAUGUGGUGAAAAUAAUGAAGAGCUGCAUAGAGAAGCUAUAUCAAUAGAUGGGAACAGAGUUGUAACUACAGAAAGUGAUAUUCUGGGAUGCAUUCAAGCAAAAGAUCGAUUAACUGGAAGAAUUGAAGUUGCAUCAUGCAUUAGGGUUGCCGAGGUCGCUCAAAUUAGGAUAAUAACUAGCCCCUUAUCUUCCCGCUCAAUUGAUCUUGCUCUGGGCACUGAAAUCGAUCUUCCUAUAAGUUAUCAUGAUGAUCUGGGGAUGCCUUUUCGGGAGGCUUAUGGUGCUGUCACAUUCAGCAUUGAAAGCAACUAUCCUGAUAUUAUUACUAUUAAUGGAACCAGUGAUGGCAAUGGAAUUAUUCAUGUCAAGGCACUGAAGAAUGGAAGAGCUCUUCUGCGGAUAUCAUUCAAUAAUAAUCCCCCAAAAUCAGAUUAUGUGAUGAUUUCUGUUGGGGCUCAUUUAUAUCCUCAGAAUGCCUUGCUUCAUAUCGGAGCUCAGCUAAACUUCAGUGUGGAAGGAUUGGAUGCUCAAAUACAUGGCCAUUGGUUAAGUGCCAAUAAGAGUAUUGUAUUUGUGGACCAGUUUUCUGGGAAAGCUGAAGCGACAGGGGAAGGUGCCACAGAAGUUAUAUUUGAAUAUUCAGGAAUGAAACUGAAAACUGCAGUUAGAGUGUUAAAGGGAACCAAUGUUUUGGUUACUGCUCCAAAAGGAACUUUGACAAAUGCCCCUUUUCCAGCAAAAGGAUAUGGGUUCCUUGUAAACUUCAGUGGAAGUGGCUCUCAUAGUCACAAGUAUGAAUCUCCCGAGAAGAGCUUGGAAUUUUCAUAUGACUGCAGAGUGGAACCUCCAUAUGUUGGGUACGUGAAACCAUGGAAAGAUCUUGAUGCAGGUGCUUCUUAUUGCCUCUUUUUCCCCUACUCUCCAGAGCAUUUGGUGUAUUCUAUGCCCGUUUCAAAAGACGUGAAAAGGCAAUUGGCCAUCUAUGUCAUUGCUUCACUCAAAGAAGCUAACCAUAUCUCUGGAUCUGCAUCAGCUAUCUUUAUUAGCGGUUUCUCCAUUCUUGAAAUGGACAAGUUAAAUCUUAAUGGAGAUUCAAAGAGCACUACCAUAAACAUUGUGGGCAAUACAGAUGUUGAAGUCCAUUCGCAUGAGAAGGAUCAACUGCUAAUCAUCCCCAUCCAUAAUAAGAAUUUUGGCGUUAGUGGGCAUGCACAGUAUGAGGUCAAAGUACUCAGAAGAGACGAGAAGUUCAAGGACAAAAUUAUUAUUACACUCCCUGCGAAUGAGCAACGAGUGGAAAUUGAUGUUAACUAUGAAGGUGGUGGAGGAAGAGAAAUGACAGCAGGAAGAUUUGCUAGUAAUUAUUAUAAUGUGACAAGCAUGAUAGGGUGCUUUGUACUGUUGAUAUUGACAGUUGGGUUGUAUAUAAUUUACCUUGACAAACCAGAAAGAAGAAGAAGAGAUCAUGCACCGAUAACACCAUUGACAGGAGAAGCUAAUACAAGUACCCCCAACAACAACAGAAGAAGAGAUCAUUCCAGUAGUAGUAGUCCAUUAAAGAAUGAUCAGUCUCCUCGUACACCACCUGCUUUCAUGGAAUAUGUGAGAAGGACAAUCGACGAAACUCCAUACUACAGAAGAGAUGGAAGGAGAUUCGAUCUACAAAAUACUUUCUAGUUUUUCCUCGGCUCAUGACUGGUUCUUGAUGAGCCUGGUUCUUGUAAUCAUGAUAUAAUAAUACCUCUUUGCGGACUACAUAAUUAAUCCGUUGUCCCAUUUUUUUAUAUAAUAAUACCUCUCUACAAUGUUUCUUGUGCUCA